AUGCCGGAGCGCGGGGGGGAAGGGACGCUCGCGGAGCCAACACCAAACAAAGGGCACGCCAAACACCACAUUACUCCUUCCCCUUUCUUUUUCUUUCGGUGUUUUGUAGUUGCUGUUAUUGUUGUUGUUCCCCUUUCGAAUGCAGCAAGGGAAGCUUUAAGCUGGCAGAAGCCGCGGCGGCUCCAGCCCCAAGGUGCCACACCAGGCCCUUUUAAUGCUUACCAAGGGCGAGUCGGUCACUGCGGAAUGGGCGCGCCGCAGCAAAGCGCUCAAGAGUCACGCCCUUCGCCAGCUAUGGGGAAAUUGGCUCUUUGCGGUCGCUCCAGUUGUCGUUUCUACCUCUCGCUUCCUGCCGGUCGCCUGCGGCACCCGGGCGGACAUUGA